AUUUCUUUGCAGGAUACAGUAUGCUGGGAAGCGCAAAAGCCAUGUUCGCAAAUAAAGUUUCGUACUCGUUUGAUUUUACUGGACCUAGUUACGCAGUGGAUACGGCUUUUUCAUCGUCCAUGUACGGGUUACAUCACGCUGUGAGCGCAAUACGCGCCGGCGAGUGCGAUGCUGCUAUCGUCGGUGGACUGAAUCUCGUGUUAAGGCCGAAUUCCUCACUUCAAUUUCACAAAUUGAAUAUGCUGUCCCAGGAUGGCAAAUGUAAGGCAUUCGAUGCUUCGGGUGUCGGUUACGUGAGAGCUGAAGCGGUGGUGGCAAUAUAUUUGCAAAAAGCAAAGAAUGCGCGUAGAGUAUACGCGACGGUGAUACACACAGGGACAAAUAUCGACGGCUACAAACCCCAGGGUAUUGUGUAUCCCAAUGGUGAAAAGCAGAACCAAUUGAUGAACGAUAUUUAUAACGAAGCAGGAAUUAAUCCCGCAGACGUGAGUUACGUGGAAGCUCAUGGUACUGGUACCAAAGUAGGUGAUCCAGAGGAGGUAAAUUCUAUCGACAAACUAUUCUGCAAAGACCGGAAGACUCCUUUGCUAAUUGGCUCAGUCAAAUCUAACAUGGGUCAUGCGGAACCGGCCAGUGGAUUAUGCUCAAUCGCUAAGGUAUUGAUCGCAAUGGAAGCAGGUGUAAUACCCGCAAAUUUGCACUUUGAUACUCCGAAUACAAAUAUUCCUGCCUUAAAGGAAGGACGCAUUCGAGUAGUCAACAAGGCCACACCAUGGAACGGUGGUCUUGUGGGCAUCAAUUCGUUCGGCUUUGGCGGCGCAAAUGCGCAUGCCAUUCUUUGCAGCAAUGCAAAACCAAAACUAUCACCGCUAUUGAACAUGACCGAAUUGUUGCCGAAAUUAGUUGUUGUAUCGGGUCGAACGAAAGAAGCGGUACACACUUUAUUGGACAAAACAAAAGACCAUCGUAAUGACGAUGAGUUUCUCUCGUUGCUGCACACAAUACAUAAUAACGAUAUUUCCGGCCAUGAAAUUCGCGGUUACGAAAUAGUUAACAUUGAUGGUACGCGUGAAGUGAGCGAGAGAACGAGUUAUAAAGAAAGGCGACCCAUUUGGUUCAUAUUUUCCGGUAUGGGCUCGCAAUGGCCAGGCAUGGGUCAUGGAUUGUUCGGCAUUGAAACUUUUCAACGUAGUUUGCGACGAUGCGCGGACGCAUUGGCACCCCACGGCAUCGACCUCAUUAAUAUCAUCAUGAACGCCACUGACGAGACGUUCGAGGAUAUACUCAAAUCUUUUGUGACUAUCGCGGCUAUGCAGGUAGCUCUCGUGGAUAUUUUAACGUCGAUAGGUAUAUCGCCGGACGGUAUAGUCGGACACUCCGUUGGAGAAUUGGGUUGUGCUUAUGCUGACGGUGCGUUUACACGGGAGCAAACUGUCUUAGCGGCUUACUCUAGAGGCAAGGCGAUUAUGGAUUCCAAGUUGGAACUUGGCGCUAUGGCGGCAGUUGGUUUAAGUUGGGAGGAAGCCAGAAAAAUGUGUCCACCCGAUAUCGUUCCAGCUUGUCACAACGCUGCGGACUCGAUCACUAUUUCCGGUCCGCCUGAGUCUAUGCAAAAAUUUGCAGAAACGCUCAAGAGCAAAGAUAUCUUCGUAAAGAUGGUGAAAAGUUCCGGCUACGCCUUCCACAGCCAAUACAUCGCCUCGGCCGGGCCUAAGCUACGCGCUUCGCUCGACAAAAUCAUCCCGAAUCCAAAGCAAAGAUCAGCCAGAUGGAUUUCCAGUUCCAUACCGGAGUCUGCAUGGAGCAGUCCGCUCGCGCAAUCUAGCUCGUCUGCGUAUCACGUAAAUAAUUUACUCUCUCCUGUGCUCUUCCACGAAGCGAUCGCGCGUAUUCCAGAGAACGCGAUAACAAUCGAAAUUGCACCACAUUGUUUGCUACAGGCAAUUUUGCGAAGAUCGUUACCACCAACGGUGACCAACAUCUGUCUCCAUAAACGCGAUCAUUCGGACAAUUUAAUCUUUCUGCUGUCUAAUGUGGGUAAGCUAUAUAUGGCUGGUGCGCAACCGAACAUCUCCAAAUUAUAUCCAGCGAUAAGUUUUCCAGUUGGUCGAGGAACACCGAUGAUCGGGCCUCUAAUCAAGUGGGACCAUUCUAUCGCGUGGGAUGUCCCUAAUUUUAAUCAGAUAUCAAGCCACUCGGGAGAAAAUAUAGUUGAAAUAGAUAUAGCAAAAGAAACAGAUGCAUAUCUAGCUGGACAUGAGAUAGACGGACGAGUGCUUUUUCCAGCCUCGGGCUAUAUUCUUCUAGUAUGGAAAACUUUAGCGAAACUACGCGGCACUGAUUUUGAACAAUUGCCUGUGAUAUUCGAGAACGUGUGGUUUCAGCGAGCGACUAUUUUGACGAAGGAGGGAGCAGUAAAAUUCUCGAUAACCAUUUUCGAAGGAACGGGCGACUUUGAAAUCUGUGAGGCCGGUACAAUCGUCGUUAGCGGAAACGUCCGCGUGUCCAAGGCUAUCGAGAAGGAUCAAUUGAAGCUGCCGACACCACCAAUGCCACCUACCAACGAGGAGAUUUUGCCAUUGAAAGCUAAAGAUAUUUAUAAGGAAUUGAGGCUGCGCAGAUGCGAGUAUCGCGAUACUUUUCAAGGAAUCAAAUCUUCUGAUAAUUACAGCGUUGUCGGUCAAUUGUACUGGUUCAAUCAAUGGAUUCCGUACGUAGAUACUAUGCUUCAGUUUAGCAUAAUGUCCUCUAGACAUAGACUACUGUAUUUACCGACGCGUCUCCAAUACGCCGCGAUCAACCCCGUUCUUCAUAAACGAUUGGUAAAAGAAUUGCCAGAAAAUGGUGGAUUACCGGUGUAUCACUAUAAGAACAUCAAUAUUGUUAAAUCGGGUGGUAUCGAGCUCAGAAGAAUAAAAUUUUCUUUGGCACCUCGACGACAACAGACUCAAGUCGAUCCCAAAUAUGAACGGUACACUUUUGUGCCUUAUGAAAAUUCGAAUAAUCUAAUAGAAGAUCCAAAGAGAGGAAAAAUACACGCACUCACUGUACUUUUACAAAUUAUGUGUGAGAACAUGAUGGCAAUGAAACUGAAGGCCGUGGAAGUUGCAGGCGAACGACCCGCAGAAGCUCUUUUGGCCCCCAUUAUAUUUGAAAUUUUCAAUGGUGAACUAGGCUCGCCUAUCAUUGAUUUACAAGUGAUCGCAGUUUCUGCCGACAAUUACAUAGAGUGUUUAAGUCAAAUGAACGUGAAUGCCGACGUUGUAACGCGAGAUGUAAAGUCUGCACCUCCCGCUCAGGAUGUGCACCUCGUCAUAGCGGCGGAUGUUUUGUCAAAUCAGUCUCAUAUUAUUCUCCAAAACUUGGUGGCUGCUUUAAAACCUGGUUGUUUCAUUCUUCUGGAGGAAACCGCUAAGCAACUGGAUUUGAAGAUCACGUUAGAGGAAACUGAUCUGACGUUGGCCGGGAAACAAACCGAUCCAGCAGGAAAAACAUACUUGCUGCUGAAAAAACGAGAAGAAAGGAGAGAACCGAUCGUCAUACAAAUUACAGAGAAAAAUCUCUCAUGGCUGGAGAAUUUAAAAACAACAUUGAAGAAAUCUGAUAGCGAGGGUCAAGAAGUACUCCUUGUAUCCCAGGGCGAAGAAACCCUUGGCUUAGUCGGACUCAUGACUUGCAUACGGCGCGAAACAGGUGGUGCAAAUGCGCGCUAUGUCUUCAUCCAAGACAAGAACGCUCCCAAGUUUGGCUUAUCCUCACCGUUUUACGCAGAACAAAUAGACAAAGGAUUGAUGGCCAAUGUGUUAAAAGGAGGACAAUGGGGCAGUUAUCGACACUUGCCAUUGGAUCAACAGAACAAUGUAUCUUCCCUACAGGUGGAGCACGCUUACGUAAACACAUUGAUGAGGGGAGACCUCAGCAGCUUAAGAUGGAUGGAAGGCCCAUUAAGUUACUACCGAUCUGACAAUUUUCCCAAUAUGACGUUUUGCCACGUGUACUAUUCUUCAAUUAAUUUUAGGGAUAUCAUGUUGGCAAGUGGCAAACUAUCGCUAGACGCCUUACCACGGAAUAUGGCUACGGAAGAGUGCAUAUUGGGACUUGAAUUUUCUGGAAGAGACACCGAUGGUCGUCGCGUAAUGGGCAUGGUUGCAGCUAAAGGAUUAGCGACUACCGUGGUAGCGGAACGUGAUUUUCUUUGGGAGGUACCCGACAAGUGGAGCUUGGAACAAGCGGCAACGAUACCUGUCGCUUACACAACUAGUUAUUAUGCUCUGUUUAUACGGGGUCGAUUGAAAGCAGGCGAAAGCGUGCUAAUCCACGCUGGUACAGGCGGCGUCGGUCAAGCUGCAAUUGCCAUUGCUCUGUACGCUAAGUGUACCGUCUUUACUACCGUCGGCACGCCGGAGAAGAGAGAAUAUUUGAAGAAAGUCUUUCCGCAGUUAAACGACAGGCAUAUCGGCAAUUCCCGAGAUACAAAUUUUGAACAACUGAUACUUGUUGAAACAGAAGGGCGUGGAGUCGACGUUGUACUAAAUUCAUUGACAGAGGAGAAAUUGGAAGCUGGCAUUCGGUGUCUGGCGUACGGUGGCCGUUUCCUUGAAAUUGGCAAGUAUGAUAUGUUGAAUGGCAGCCGUGUAGAAAUGUCAAUGUUUUUGAAGAAUACGUCUUUUCAUGGUAUAUUGUUGGAUGAGCUAUUCGAAAAAGACAGCGUGGAAAAAAAGGAAUUGAUAAAACUCGUUUCGGAGGGAAUCGAAAAUGGCGCGAUACGUCCGCUCCAAUCAAACAUUUUUACAGAACAACAGCUUGAAUCGGGAUUCAGAUUCAUGGCGACAGGCAAACAUAAGGGUAAAGUGCUACUAAAAAUCCGUGAUGAAGAACCAAAGAAACGUGCGUCACCAACGCCAAAGACAGUAGCCGCGAUUCCCCGUACUUACAUGAAUCCGGAGAAAUCAUACAUCUUGGUUGGCGGUCUCGGUGGGUUCGGUCUGGAGUUGGCCGACUGGAUGAUCAGCCGCGGCGCCAAAUUUAUCGUUCUCGUAUCACGCUCAGGCAUACGUACCGGUUAUCAAGCACUGUGUGUACGUCGCUGGCGCGAAAGUGGCAUACAAAUUGUUGUUUGCACAGAGAAUAUUACGACGUUAACGGGUGCUAAAAGAUUAAUUCAAAAAAGCAACCGCAUCGCUCCGGUAGGCGGUAUAUUCAAUUUAGCAGCCGUCCUUCGUGAUGCUCUCAUCGAAAAUUUGGAAGAAGCCGAUUUCAAGACAGUUAUUUCACCGAAAAUCAAUGUUACAAGAAAUUUAGACGCGGUAUCGAGAAAACUCUGCCCAUCGCUCGAUUACUUUGUGGUAUUUUCGUCUGUAUCAAGCGGUCGUGGUAAUAUGGGUCAAACAAACUACGGUUUCGCAAACUCAGCCAUGGAAAGAAUGAUGGAAGAGAGGCAGACUAAUGGUUUACCUGGUCUUGCCAUUCAAUGGGGUGCCAUCGCAGACGUUGGCUUAAUCAUGGAAAUGAUGGGAGGUAACGACGCCGAGGUGGGCGGUACUAUACCACAACAGAUAUCAAGUUGUCUCGCAACGAUGGAUAUAUUUCUUCAACAGUCACAUCCGGUGUUGGCUUCUUCGGUGUUAGCUGAAAAAUAUAAAUCCGACGAUGGCAACAAGGCCAAUCUUGUCACAACUGUUGCCAAUAUCUUAGGUAUUAAAGAUGUUGAUUCGAUUAAUCCCAAUAAUACCUUGGCCGACUUGGGUAUGGAUUCGUUAAUGGGCACGGAGAUAAAACAGACUCUUGAAAGAAAUUACGAUAUCGUAUUAUCGGCGCAAAAGAUUCGUGCCUUAACUAUUGGUACAUUGCAAGAAUUAUCAAGAAGAUAAUAUGGAUCAAGAAGAUUAUAUGGAUGUCCAUUUUUGGAUAUAUUUUGGAAUAUCUUAAACAGGACAUUUUACAGAUAUGUUCUUGGACACAAAUCUUAUAUAUAAUGUUUAUCCAUUAAUAUAUAAUAUUUUAUUUCUAUUGUAUUUAUAUGACACAGACAAAUACAAGUUUUGGAAAUUUUUUAUUUGUAUAUGCUUCUUAAUCUUUAUUUUAAUAUAUUAUAAUAACAAUAAUGUAAUGUUAAUAUACCAAACGUUUUUAGAAAACUUUUGUAAUUUUGUAAUCUAUAUAAUAAUUGUUACAGAUCCAGUUCAAAUUGAUAAAUUCGAAGAAUAAAAGGUGGUAAUAAAUAGUUAUUGCCUCAUCUUGUACAAUUUUAAUUACUGAAAUUUUUUAUAACAAUAAUAUGCGAUAAUUUUCUUUUAUUCUCUAAUUUGAAAUUAAUGGUUGCGCGCUUCCAGCCAUUCACUGAAAAGCGCUAUUGCGCAGGCUCGAUUUUUCUAAGCUGGAACUGGCCAGAACACACGGCAACACGCGGCAUAUACUGGUGCCGGCCAAAGUUAAAUGUUUACUUUUCGCGGACAUAAAUGUGUUUUCAGUGCAAAUGAUCUUUUUCUGAACAUUGUGUAGUACUAUAGAAAACGCAUUGUGUAGUAUAGAACGUUGUGUAGAAGCAGGGAAAACUAGAUACAGUAAGUAUAUUUCUUUUGAUGAGUCUUCGAUUUCUUUUAGAUUAUAAACCAUCUAAAUAUUUCUUCCUCAUUAUUUCUAUAACGUAAUUAUACAUGCAUUUUGCAAUGUUUAAUGCUUCAUAUGUGUAAACAAACGUAAAAAUCUGUGGACAGUUUUAAUUUAUACUUAUAAUUUAUAGCUACAAUAAAAUACGCAAUAUUGAUAUUUGUUAACUUUAUAUAUACUGUAACGAAGCGAUCACAAGCAUAUAGACGCAUGCGAGUGGAAGUGUGCGUGUUGUGCGGGGAGCGGGCGAUGGAUGGGCGAUGCGGUGUAAAUUAAAACAAAGGGAAGUCGCAGUUGUCACCAGGGGUCUCAAGCCCCCGAAUUUUCCUGUUACUAUGCAGCAUUCUUUUGAUAAAAAAUUGCAAUUCAAUUACGAUAUCGCUCGUCUUGAUGCCGCCUCUCGCAUUCAUUACGUUCUCGACCACGGGCCAGAGUACACGCUUCCGCACGUACGAAAAUCGUGAAUUAUAAUUUGAUACGAAAUUAUUCACUCUUUCUUUUCUCUAAAGACGAGGAUUAAGUAAAGAGUUGAGAUACGAGUGGCUGCUUCAGAGUGUGCCAAGACGAAAGGUCAAAUUCAGUUAUUAAUAAUAAGUGCAUGUAUCUUAUACGAUUAUAUUUGUGACUAUAAAAAAUAAAUUCAGUGAAACGAAA